AUGGGUAAAUUAUCUAAAACUCGCAAACAUUGUAAAAAAGUGCGUCUUGUCAAAAUAUCUAAAUCUGAUAAACUAUCAUCUCCAAUUAAUCAAUUUAAUCAAUGCCAAAUUCCCACAUGUAAUUUUUAUAUUUAUCGUCAAAAAAAUAUUCAAUUGGUUAUGAUUGAAAAUAAUUCAAUCGACCUAAGCGUAAACAAUUCAAUCGAUCUAAGCGAAAACAAUUCAAUCGACCUAAGUGAAAACAAUUCAAUCAACCUAACUGAAAUUGAAAAUAUAGUUAAUCAACAACAAAUAUCAACUUCUCAAUUAAAUAUCUCUAAAACAGAAAAAAUAAAAAAGGAUAUAAUAACAAAAAUCAAUUAUUUGUCAGAAAAAGAACUAUUAGAUAGUCUUCAAUUAUUUAGUAAUAUGAAGUAUAAAGACGGACCAAAUAAAGGGAAAAUUUUGUUUUCUUAUUUGCAAGAAAAAGCUACAGAGUUGUUAUUUACAAGUCAUGGAAAAUCGAGCUCUAAUUUUCAAGAAAAACUUAAAUUAUUAAAAGCUGAGAAUUCAAAAUUAAAAAAAAAAUACUUAGAUUAA